AUGCUUCUAAAUACUGGAUUAAGUUCCAAUCAUGUCAUCAUAAAAACCUUUAAAUUUCUUGCUGAAAGUAAGAAACAAAAGCGCAAACGAACUUAUCAACAAUCAAAUGAACAACCGACUGUGAUCGAUCUUACUAAUUCUGAUGAUUCGUGUAAUAAUAGUUUGACAGAACUAACAGUAUCAACAACUAGAACUGAAUCAAUUGAAAAUUUGCCAAUAUUCAAUGUUUUGUCGUGGAAUAUUCAAGGUUUGGAGUCAACAAACCUAAACAAACGAAUGAUGUCUGUAGUGGAGACAAUAAAGAAAGAAGAAUUCCAUGUAGUUUGGAAAUUCUGUUUGGAAAUUCUCCGUGAGAAGCUAGAUUCAACGUAUGAUAUUUUUUCUGCAUCUGACCAUAACUCUCUAUGGGAUUAUUUUGUUGUCAUUUUAGUUAAAAAGCAUCCAGAUAUAAAGGUUGACGCGGAUUCUGUUAGUAUUCAACCAUUUCCUAAUUCUGUAAUGAAUCGUCAUCUACUAUCUAUUGAUCUGAAUUUAUCACAGUUUCUAUCCAAGUCUAAUGUAGAAUUAAAUCUACGAAUAUUUACUACACACUUGGAAAGUUGUGCAGAAUAUUCUGGUGAACGGGUGACUCAAUUGAAAAGUGUUUGGGAUACAAUGUCCAGUUAUGUCAAGUGUGGCGAUUCUCAAGCUCGUUUAAACAAAAGCCGUGCAAGUAUAUUUUGCGGUGACCUUAAUCUGAGGGAUUCAGAGAAUAGAAUUAUGUGCGAAACGGUUAAAAAUUCAGACGAAACAGUCUGCAAAAUUAGAAGGCACUUUCACCACGAAAAUAUUUGUCAAAAUUAUGUUCGCUCGGAUAAAUCCAAAGUGUAUACAAAUUAA